UAUUUUAUAGAGGGCGUAAUUCAUCAGACCUAGAUUAUUUUCCAGACAGCUGUUUAUUUUAGUCCUUUGUUUUUUGAUUUAUGCACAGGCCUACCCAGGCCUAAAUAUAUUAUAAAAUGGCGUUGAGAAGGGCGCUGUUUGGUUUGUGCAUUGUGUAUGUUGCUGGGCAGAUAGAGAUGAAUCAAGGGCAGCACCAACAACAACAAGGGCAGCACCAACAACAGCAACAACCUAUUGAGAGCAUUCAUGUUCAAAAUCAACUUAAACAACAGCAACAACAACAACCUAUUAUCAAUCAAGCUAAUCUUCCACCACAAGUGCCUGUUAAUACUCAAACUAAAGAGGGCGACAUAGAAGGUAGAACCAAUAAACUCAGGGAUAAAAAUCAUGUCCAUGAUAAGGAUCACAUUAUGCACCAUUUGGACAACAUCGUAGACAAACCAACAUCAGAAAUGACGGAUGAGGAAUAUCAGUUCUAUUACUUCAAGGUACACGAUUACGACAACAACAACUUGCUGGACGGCAUCGAGCUCAUCCAAGCGAUGACUGAUUUUCACCAUGGGGAUGAGCCAGAUGAAGAAGAGAAAUUCUACCUAAGCGAUGUAGAACUUCUGGACAUGUUGGAACCGAUAUUUGAUGAAGAUGAUCUGAACAACGAUGGCUAUAUUGAUUAUGUUGAAUUUGCUGCUUCACCAGAAUUAUAGGCGAAUAUGUUUUAAGCCCUGUCAAGACUAUCAGAUUUUAUUUGACAAAAACAUGUGACAUGUCUAAAUAUGGUCAUGAUGACAUCACAUCAUGACCAUAUAUAGGCACAUCAUGACUAUAAAUGGGCAUACAUCAGUUUUUUGUCAAAGAAAAUUUGAUAACCUGGACAGAAUAAAAGCCCUGUCCAUUCUAUCAAAUUUUGUUUGACAAAAACAUGUGACAUGCCUAAAUAUGGUCGUGAUGACAUCACAUCAUCACCAUAUAUAGGCACAUCAUGACCAUAUAUGAGCAUACAAUAAUUUGAUAAUCUGGGACAGAGUUUUACAUGUUGUUAUUCUUUUUAUUUUACUUGUUUUAGGCAUUGGCAAAUGAUUAUGAUUAUGAUUUCCAAUACGGGAGAAUUGAACUCGGAAGCCAGGGUCCUAGGAUUGGUAGACAGGAAUUUUAAUCACCAUCCUAGUCAACUGCACAGCAAGAUGACGCUAACUUGUUUCUCAUAAGAAUGCAAUAUAGGCCUAUUAUUUUAAUUUUUAUACUGAUCGGUUUUGGUAUUCUCGGUGACGUCAUGAAGCGGGUCAUAAAAAUGUCUACUACUUUUACGUAAUUUUCUGAUUUCCAUUAUCGGCUCCAAUCUUGUUGCUAAAAAUGUGUCUAAAUCUAAUAAGUUAGUCUCAGAAUUUCUUGAUGUAUCUUAAACCCACAAAAAUCCAUGUUUAUAACACUAGUCUCAGAACAUGGAUUGUUUGGCAAUGCUGCUAAGGCUAAGAGCAUAACAAAAGCCUCGAUCCUGGUGACAUCCGAAAUUAAAUCACCAAACAAUGUAUUUAAAAUAUUUACACCUAUCAUUAAUUAGUCAUUUAGUUGUGGUUAAUUUAGUAGAUAUUAUUUUAUUCACAGACGGAGGGUCAAGACCACUUCAGCCCCACCAUAGUUGGAGCUGAGGUAAGAAAAUUUAUGAUCAUGGCACCUCUGGAUCGCCGGAAAUGGUCCUCUAAAACUUAAAAAAUUAUUUUAAAAUAGUUAGUGGGCACGGACCGGCUCCCUCAUAUCACCCUCCCCCGAGUCUGCCAUUGAUCUGGUUAAUGUGCUUUCACAUUUAAUUUUAUUUUGCUGUCGAUAGAGAUACCCAUUGGCACCUCCGUUAGAAAAUUGAUAAUAAAGCAGUGAGAAAAUGCAAAAUCGUAAUUUUGCGGAGAUGGCUUAAGAUUCUUGCUUGCUUGCGUUAGUGCGGGAGGCCGUCCCGAUUCCGGGAGACCGUCCGCGGGUUUCGGAAAACUCGGGACGACCUGGGUUUUAUCUUUUAUUUAGUUACCAUGUUUGUAUUUUUAUGUUAGCAAUGGUACUUAUUUUACAAUUUAUUUAUUAUACAUAGGCAGGGUAGUCACUUCCACAUAUCAUUAGACUAAACGGCAGAAGAAAAAUAUAUCAAUUUUUACCUUGGACCCGAGGUUUAAAAAUUCACUACCAAAGCAACUAACAUCUACUUGAUUUUCUUCCUUUAACAAAGCCAAAGAUUAUUUUUUUAACGCAUUUAAGUUUUUUUUUUUCGUAAUGGUGGUGGAUUACUUAGUCGGAUCAUUUAACGAAAUUAUAUGCGUUUUUUUUUUUUAGCUUUUUCUCUCGUGUUUCCUCCAUUGUCAUUGACAUUGGUAUUUAUAUAAAGUUUUUCAAGUAGAAAUAAAUAAAUUUAUGAACAUUA